AUAAACACACUAUAGGUAUACGUAGUUAAUGUUUAACCUAACAUGGUUUAAACUGGCAGUAGUGAAGUUAAUUUUAUUGAUAUAAUUUAUUCGUAAACAACAUUCAAGAGAAAUCAUCAAUUAAAGUAAACGUAAAACAGUACAAUGAAACGAUUCAUUAUUUUUUCUAUACUUAUAAUUUGUGGAAUUUUCGACACCUUUGCCGAAACGUGUCAGAAGCCUGAAGUCGUUGCUUCUGCAUAUGUCACAGAAGAUGCAACAAUUCUGACAAAUGUUGCAUUCACAACACAAUUUGUGCUUAAGUGUAGUAACGGUGUGAAAGGUAUUACCUUAUACGCAGAGGUUGAUGGUAAAUCAUUACCAGCUGCCAGAUUAAGUUCUGAUAACAAAUAUCAGGUUUCUUGGACAGAAGAUGCGAAGAAAGCACGUUCUGGAGAUUACAAUAUAAAAUUAUAUGACGAUGAAAGAUAUGCAGCUAUACGUAAAGCAUUAAGAAAUGGAGAAGAUCCAAAUAGUGUGAAACCUUUAGUUGUUGUAGUGCUUAAUAAUCCAGGCAUAUAUCGCGGGCCUUGGGUUAAUUCGGAACUCCUUGCUGUCCUUUUAGCUGCCUUAGUGUCUUAUUCCGCCUUCUCUUCUAAAUUCAAGCUUCUUGCUUAAUCAUUUUUUAUAAAUAAUAAAUUUGUUAAAGUUCUUUUGUAAAUUAAAUAUUACUUAAACAAAUGGAUUUUGUUUCUUUUUAAAUAUAACUUUGUAACUUAAGUUAAUGACAAUGCCACAUUUAUUGUAUAACAUCAUUUUAAAAUUUACUGGGAUGUAAUUUUGAUAGCACCAAUUUUUAUAUUUAUAAUUUAUUUUCUGAAAGUUGAAACAGACUUAAUGAAGUACAGAUAGGUAUAAAAUUCAAUACAUAUUAGAAGAAGGUGGAUUUCCAAAAAAGAAUUCCCAAGAGGGUGGAUGUUUAAUAUCAUUAGUAUCGUCAUUUACUAAAUUCAACCAUUCAUUCAAUCCUUUAAAAAGCAUCAAUGCAUCGGAAACAUUGUCUCCUUCUGAACAAUAACAAAACAGUACUGUACAAGGAAUCUCCUUUUCUUUAAAAUAUUCAUAUAGACCAUUUGCAAAUCCACCACCAGGAAUGUAAUAUUGUCUUGUAGAUUGUAUUGUAAUACUUUUCAUAUGCUUUAUCCAAUGUAAGCUCUUAAGAAGUUUUUCAUUAUUCAAUAAAGAAUCAUCCGAGGUAA